AUGUCUUCAGAACGUCCGAGCGCAGCAGGCGAGCAGGAUAUCACGGUGUACCGCAUGGUCGAGCCCGCGCAUCCUGAGCUCCUGCUGCUAGAUCUGCGCGCGACCGCUUCCGCCGCUCAUUCCACCAAGUCCACAGCGGCCUCGACCGACGAGUCACAGUACUCGCACUUCACCUGGGCGAUUGCCCCGCGCAAGCAGCGGUCUCGAGUCGGCCCACAUGACGAGGGGAUCGCCCUCUGUGGGCUCCUCAUUAUCGACCCUAUAGGGUACCCUCAGGGAACACUCCGUCAAUUCGGGGAGAUGUGCUGGACGAGAGGCUUCAAGCUCGGCCACAUCGCCGACCAUAUGACCGAUAUAUGGUCGCACGCGCACCCAGAAGUGAUAGCACUGUCUGCGAGACGCUACCGUUUCCGCGCCCAUUUUGCUGAUGGAGGACCUGCGGUCUGCAAGAUUCACUUGCGGCCCCCCACACCAGAAGUCGUCUUCUUGGCCGGAUACGUCUUCUCCCUCACAGCAAUCGCCCACCUCUGCAUGAAGGCCUAUGGCAUCCCGGAGGAGACCAUUUACCGGGUAGGACCUCUCCAAGCUGCCAACGAAUACCUCAAAAGCUACCUGGAUCUCGACAGCCCUCAAUUCAUUCCCUUCGAUUGCGAUCAGUGCCGCAACCAGUGUGACCCCGCGCUGAAGGGGCGCUUUAUACUCCCCUGCCACCUUGCGUUUGUUGAUCAAGGAAUGAAGCGUCCCGACAUUCCCCUCGACGCCGACGCGAAGGCUUAUCUUGACUACUGGUACCCGCCUUCUCUACGAAGACUCGAGCACUUUUCGGACGUCAAUUUCAUAGUCACCCGGUAUCCUGCACACCACGGACCCAGAAGGAUGAUCCAUGUGAAGGCAGGGGAGUACCAGUUGAUCCACUUGUCGGGCCAGUCCGACGAGAUGAUUGUGCAAAGCGCCGUUGAACGUUUGAAGGAAGAUGAGGAUCAUGGCUAUCCGGCUUCGCUACUCGGCCCGACGCUUCCUGCCAAGUAUAUCUUCCGCACGUUGACGACCUCCUCUAAAGGACUUCGGUCCCGCAAACGUUCACGCGAACCUUGGUCCCCGUACAAGCGUCCAGAGUCGCGACGACGUUCGUGA